AUGAGCGUCCAAGCUCGCAUCGAUGCUGUUGAGAAAGAGCUCCAAGCUUUAUCAAAAGAUGUAGCCAACGAUGAACCAGCACGCCAGAGACUUCUUGGUGUGAGUCAGCAAGCGACAGUCAUGCUCGAGACCGCUUCCGAGACUCUUUGGAAGCUCCUCUUACAGCCAAAUCUGAGUGCCUCUAUCAGAACUGCCAUUGAAAUGGGUUUGAUUGAUGCUCUGAACAAGAGCGAAAGCCCCAUGACAGCCACCGAGCUGGCGAGUAUCACUGGCGGUGACAAGCUGCUUAUUGUCCGCAUCCUGAGGCCAUUGGCUGCCACGCAUAUGGUCAUCGAGACUGGAUAUGAGACUUACGUAGCCGGGGCCGUCUCCAAAGCAUUGGCCAUCCCCGCGCUAUCGGGAGGCUUCAAAUUCCUGCACGAUGAGGGGGCCCUUUGUUGCAAUAAGAUGCCGGAGUUCCUCGCUCAGACUGAUUACAAGAAUCCCGAAGGUCCUAUGGGCGUUUUCCAACACGCUGAAAACACUGAGCUACAAUUCUUCCCAUGGUUGAUGCAGAAUCCUGCAAAGAUCAACAACUUUCUUACGAUGCUGGAGGGUUGGCGUGCUGGCAGGGCUCAAUGGUUCGAGAUAUUCCCCAUUGAAGAGUCGCUCUUUAAAGGAGCCAAAGAAGAGCAUCAUGAUUCUGCCCUGCUUGUGGACGUCGCUGGUGGCUUUGGAUACGACAUCCAGACGUUCAAAGAUCGCUUCCCGGAUCAGACCGGACGUCUAGUGCUACAGGACCAGCCUUCCGUCAUUGAUAAUGUCAUAGAGCUCCAUCCAGAUAUCGUUCGAAUGAAGUAUGACUUCUUUACUGAGCAGCCAGUCAAAGGAGCUCGAGCUUACUACUUUCGCUCCAUCUGCCACGACUGGUCUGACGACAAAUGUCGCGAGCUCCUUAGCAACACUGUCGCUGCCAUGGAGCCAGGCUAUUCCAAGAUCCUGAUCAAUGACUGGGUCUUGCCCGAUACCGGCAGUCCCCUCCUCCCGGCUCUCAUGGACAUCCAGAUGAUAAUCGUGCUUUCUGGGAUUGAACGUACGCAGACGCAGUGGAAGGAGCUGCUAGGAUCUGUGGGUUUGGAGAUUGUCAAAUUCCACAGCCUCGGUAAGGAGGUCGAGGGUUUGAUUGAGGCUGUAAGGAAGGUGUAG